CUCUCUUCUGCUGCUUCCCUCUCCCCCAUAACUAUCACUAUUUAGAAUUUUCAAUGUGGAAAAGGAAGCUGAUUGUUGAAGCAUAAAUCCCGGGAGACCACUUUUGCAUUUUCAAAUAAUUAAAUUAAACCAUAGAUACACACACACAGUUACUUACUCUUUUAGGGUUUCCCAAUAAAUUUAUAGUACUUUAAUGUGUUUCAUGAUAUUGAUGAUAAAUGCUAGCUGUAUUUACAAUGGGGGCUCCUCUUUUUUUUUCUUUAUGUUAUUUUCAUUUUUUAUUUCUCAUAGCUAUAUAGCAAAGCCAAAGUGAAUAAUAAUACUAGUGAGAGAAAGAGAAGAUGGAGAGUGGUUCCAACAGCACUUCUUGUCCAAUGGCUUUUGCCGGGGAUAAUAGUGAUGGUCCGAUGUGUCCUAUGAUGAUGAUGAUGCCGCCCAUCAUGACAUCACAUCAACAUCAUGGUCAUGAUCAUCAACAUCAACAACAAGAACAUGAUGGUUAUGCAUAUCAGUCACACCACCAACAAAGUAGUUCCCUUUUUCUUCAAUCACUAGCUCCUCCCCAAGGAACUAAGAACAAAGUUGCUUCUUCUUCUUCUCCUUCCUCUUGUGCUCCUGCCUAUUCUCUAAUGGAGAUCCAUCAUAACGAAAUCGUUGCAGGAGGAAUCAACCCUUGCUCCUCUUCCUCUUCUUCAGCCUCUGUCAAGGCCAAGAUCAUGGCUCAUCCUCACUACCACCGCCUCUUGGCCGCUUAUGUCAAUUGUCAGAAGGUUGGAGCACCACCGGAGGUUGUGGCGAGGCUAGAGGAGGCAUGCUCGUCUGCCGCAGCCGCUGCCGCAUCUAUGGGACCAACAGGAUGUCUAGGUGAAGAUCCAGGGCUUGAUCAAUUCAUGGAAGCUUACUGUGAAAUGCUCGUUAAGUAUGAGCAAGAGCUCUCCAAACCUUUCAAGGAAGCUAUGGUCUUCCUUCAACGUGUCGAGUGUCAAUUCAAAUCCCUCUCUCUAUCCUCACCUUCCUCUUUCUCCGGUUAUGGAGAGACAGCAAUUGAUAGGAACAAUAAUGGGUCAUCCGAGGAAGAAGUCGAUAUGAACAAUGAAUUUGUAGAUCCACAAGCUGAGGAUAGAGAGCUUAAAGGACAGCUCUUGCGCAAGUACAGUGGUUACUUAGGGAGCCUCAAGCAAGAGUUCAUGAAGAAGAGGAAGAAAGGAAAGCUCCCUAAAGAAGCUCGUCAACAACUGCUUGAUUGGUGGAGCCGUCACUACAAAUGGCCUUACCCUUCGGAGCAACAAAAGCUCGCCCUUGCGGAAUCAACGGGGCUGGACCAGAAACAGAUAAACAAUUGGUUCAUAAACCAGAGGAAACGGCAUUGGAAGCCGUCGGAGGACAUGCAGUUUGUAGUAAUGGACGCAACACAUCCUCACCAUUACUUCAUGGAUAAUGUCUUGGGCAAUCCUUUCCCAAUGGAUCACAUCUCCUCCACCAUGCUUUGAUCGAUCCUUUAAAACGUUUAUUUCAUUAUAUUUAUAAUCGUUAAACAGCUUAUAAUAUGUAUAAUCUAUGGUUCUCGGUAUACUUGGAACAUAUGAAACAUGUUCCGAUUGAUGAACAAGCGUUUGAUGUUGUGGUGUGUAUCCUUUUGUGUUGUUCUAUUGUUAUGCGAAAUUCCUAUUCCUAUUAUAAUGAUAGUAAAGCUUUUUUGAUCUA